ACUACAUCAUGCGAUGAGGUGGUGACACUCAGAAGUUUGAUGAAAGGCGCAGAAGCGCAUCCACACGUAGAUGCCAUGCAAACAGUGAGGCACUUAAUGGCGUGGAUAAGACAUAGCAAGGAGGAGGCCAGUGAAGAACCACCACCACCACCACCACCACCACCACCACCACCACCACCACCACCACCACCAUAA